AUGGACCCAGUAGUACGCGACGUGGACCAAGACAUAGAGAUGGAACCAUUGUGGGUGACAGUCUUCACAUUGCAGAUGAAGCUCACACACAUUAUCUCAGUGAUGCAAGAGUGGUGUGCCAGUGAUGAGUGGGUGCUAAUUGAAGCCUGUAAGAAGUGCCUAACAGUUCUGACUCACUGCCACAGCGGUUUUACUGAUGGAGAACAACCCAUCACUCUUAGUAUGUGUGGACACUCAGUGGACACCAUCCGCUGCUGUGUCUCACAACAGAAAGUCAGCAUUCACCUACCGGUGUCUAGAUUGCCUGCAGGACUUCAUGCUCUCCUUAGCAAGACAGAAGUGACUUGCAGUUUACAGGUAUGUAUGCUGGUGGUGGUUGGUGUAUGUGAGAAUAUUUGUACCAACAAAUGUGGUGUGUCCUUUUCCACAGUGUGUACUGAGUCCCCCAAUGGUGAUUGAGCACCCACUUUGCUGCCUGGUUCUCUGUGCACAGGUGCAUGCUGGGAUGUGGACGAGAAA